UAUGAGCAAAUAAAAAACUCACAAAAAGAUGACCCGCAUUCACCCAACGGAGAUUCCUAAGUCUUCGACAUUAGACAUGGCGGUCCAGUAAUAAAAUCUAUUUUGAGAAUCAUCUAGGUCCCCUACUAAACAAAGUCGUUUAUCGCCAUCAUUUCUCAUUAGACGUUAACAAUUUCUGGUAGCCCCACGCGUCAAGAAUGUACGCUAUUCGACAUAUUCCUUUCGUCAUUAUUCUCAUCGCAAUAAGCCGUGCAGAAAAUGACGUCACUGAACCCAUUUUAGAAAUCUGUGAGUAUAUUCUUAUAUUAUAUCUUUCAUAUAAGGAGACAAAAAAUUGUACAGUACUUUAUAAAAGUUUGUCAUACAUAGAUUAUUUUAAUUCCUGUUCCUUUUUAGCUGAAUCGGAAAUGAGUAGUAACAGUAGUGAAGUAACGGAAGUGCAGCAUGCAACAUGUAAAAUUAUUACCGAGGAGUUGGUCGCCAAUGCACAAGCUACUGUCACUAGAGUUCUUACUGGAGUUUGUAAUGCAAGUCUACAGUUCUAUCUCAGUGACAAACAAUAAUAAAAUCAGACCACAGUUUGAUAUAGUGCGCUUGUUUUAAAUGUACAAUUUUUGGCAAAUUAUUGAAAUUGCAGAAACAAUGAACGACCGAUUUGAUAAAUUAGAAAAAGACGUAAGGUUUCGUUUGGAAGAGAUAAAAAUUACUCUCAAAACUAUUUUAAGAGAAAUAAACGGUUUUCAUAAAGACAAUGACAAUUCGAUGAAUCGGAAAAGAAUUCAAGAAACAAUCAGAAAUGAUCAUCAGCCUGUUGCUACCAAGACAGAAAGAUCAUCUCCUAGGCAGGAUGAAAUAAAUAAAUUUAAUAUCACUGUCCAUCAAAUUUCAACACAAAAUGGUCCGGCAAGAGUCUUCACUUAUUAUUGGCGAGUGACCGAUAUUAUGGAAAAAUUAACUCAAUGGAAAUCCAAUCAGUCUCUACGUAGCUCGACUUUCCAUAUCAGCCAGGGUGGUUACGCAAUGUUUCUCAGGAUAACUCCAAGACAUUUCCCAGACGAUUCAGUUUACUUCGGUUUCGGCGUGACCCGUGGUCGAUUUGAUUCAAUUCUCAAAUGGCCAUUUCCUCUGAAGACACGUAUCGAGAUACUCGAUCACUCUGUGGAGGGAUGGCGCGCGGACAGAGUCUCUCAACUUUGGGAUCCUUCAGCAAUCUCUUCUGAAACACAUUGGACAAGGCCAAAAAUCACUGAGGAAUCAGAUAAUCCUGAAUACAUUGGACUGGUUAUACCCAAACGCAUGAUCCUCUCAACACCAUUGUUAUCACCAUGGCCUUCAAAUCCAUCUCACGUUGAAAAAUCAGUCAACAGAUACGUAUGGAAUGACAGUAUUCUAGUUAAACUAACGGUAUUCUUAUAAAAUUGAUAUAUAAGAUAUAUAUAAGGAUAAUAAACGUAGCUGUAACAAGGAACAAUGUAUAAUCGCAAGUAAGCAAGUACUAUUUAG